AAUGACGUGCUACGUCGCAUGUUCCCCACAGUCAGCCGAGGGCAAGUUCCAUCUCAAAAGUUUCCUUGUUGUGGUCAGUUUUACAGCGAUUUCUUCCCCGUUUUUGUCAAAAUGGAUGCACCCUUAACACCAGAGUUAAAGAAAGAACUUAAAAACAUCGCCGAAUCGAUCGUGAAGCCAGGCAAGGGCAUUUUAGCGGCUGACGAAAGCACAGGAACAAUGGGGAAAAGACUGACUCAAAUUUCGGUCGAGAAUACCGAAGAAAAUCGUCGACUUUAUCGCCAACUUUUAUUCACGGUGGAUCCGAAAAUUGCCGAAAAUCUCGGCGGGGUUAUUCUCUACCAUGAAACCCUUUACCAGAAAGCAGACGAUGGCACACCGUUUAUAGAUUUGAUAAAGAAUUUGGGAAUUAUCCCUGGUAUAAAAGUUGACAAGGGAGUUGUUCCACUUGCAGGAACUGUGAACGAAUGUACAACUCAAGGGCUCGACGGUUUGGGCGAAAGAUGUGCACAGUACAAGAAGGACGGUUGUCAUUUUGCUAAAUGGCGUUGUGUUUUAAAGAUCGGUCCGAAUAACCCGUCAGAGUUGGCGAUGAAGGAGAAUGCUAACGUGCUUGCAAGAUAUGCAACAAUCUGUCAGGCGAAUGGUUUGGUUCCAAUUGUCGAACCUGAGAUCUUGUGUGAUGGUGAACACGAUCUGGAAACUUGUCAAAAAGCAACUGAAGCUGUACUAUCUGCAACCUACAAAGCACUGGUUGACCAUCAUGUCUAUCUAGAGGGUACAUUGCUCAAACCUAACAUGGUGACUCCAGGUCAGAGUUGUACCAAGAAGUACACACCAGAGCAAAUUGGCGAGGCUACUGUCACAGCUCUACAACGUACGGUUCCCUCUGCGGUUCCGGGCAUAACAUUCCUUUCUGGUGGGCAGUCUGAGGAAGAAGCAUCUGUGAACUUGAAUGCUGUUAACAAACAUCCAGGUAAGAAGCCAUGGGCAUUGACCUUCUCCUUUGGUAGAGCUCUGCAGGCCAGUGCUUUGAAAGCUUGGGGUGGCAAACCAGACAAUGUCAAGGCAGGCCAGACUGAGCUUGGAAAACGAGCAUUGGCGAACGGCUAUGCUUCCUGCGGCAAGUACACUGGCAUUGAAAGUUUAGCUGGCAGCCAGAAGACGUUUGAGGCAAACUAUGCAUACUAGCUGCAUAUGAUGGAUAAUUUAUAACAAACUUGCUUUUAAAAACCUUUGCAGGAUUUGUGUUGUAUAGUUUAGCUUGGCAUCGAUAAUCAAUAAUUUCAUGUACUUCCAAGGUUUAUUUAAGGUGACUCUUGUAUGUCUGUGAGUUGCCUUACAUAUAUCAAUUGUAAAGGAUGUCAAAAAAUAAAGUGUGAGCAUAUCAA